AUGGCGUGUAACGAAGCAGUUUUGAAAUUUUUGGAAGACCACAACAGACCUUUUUCGAACUCCGAUAUUCAAAGUGGAGUAAAAGGAGAUUUUGGUAAAUCCGCUAUUCAGAAAGCUUUAGAUUUUCUGGUACAAAAAGGAAAAGUCAAAGAGAAGGCCUACGGGAAACAAAAGGUUUACUGCAUUGUUCAGGGAUCAGGAACAUCUACUUCCGAAUUAAGAGAACAAAUUUUGGAAAUGGAUCGGGCAAUCAACGAAAGAACAAUACACUUGAAAGAACUGACGGAUCAAUACAAAAGUAAAGUGAAAUUGAUAUCGGAACUUAAGGGACAAAUUAGUUUGACCGAUGCUAUAGAACAGAAAGUUACAUUAGAUCAAGAAAUUCAGAUUCUCGAAGAAAAAUUGAAACAAUAUGAAGGUACAGAGCUGAUAGAGCCACAGAGAAAAAAGGAAGUACAGAAACAUUUUGAUAAGUAUUUGAACGAAUAUAAGAAGAGAAAGCGUUUGUGUAUGGAUAUGCUCAACGCCAUUUUAGAGAAUUAUCCAAAAAGCAAAAAACACUUGUUUGACGAUAUUGGGAUAGAAACAGACGAAGAUGUCGGCUUUUCAUUGCAGUUGGAUGUUUAA